GAGAGAAGGUCGAACAGGCGACACGCACGGCAGCCAGCUGUGGAGGGGGCUGAAGGAAGGACCCGCACAGCAAACACGCGCACCGGAAUCGUUGGUCCCGUCGCAAGGCGCCAGUCGCCGCUAGCACGCGCUGAGAGGGCAAGAGCCGCCCGGUGCGGUUACUGGGUUGCCCGCCUGUCCGCCGGCGGCCUAGAACUGUCGCUGCCGCCACCGCUGCCCGACCGACCGAGUCUCCCGCUCGCCGGUACCGACGCUGGGCCGCGCUUCCUUGCCUUUCGUGAAUCCGUGGCCUUGAACUCUUUCGAGCAACGCUUACGGUGACCUGCGGGGCUUACCACAUCGGCGGUGCAGCAAAAGUCCAGGAGCGCAUCUUCGUCCUCCGGUCCAACGCAGCAGAAAGCCACUCUGCGCAAACCGCGCGCUGUUACUCGCAUUCAAACAGAGGUCGUGACAGGACCGUAUUGGCGAAGGAACUCCAAUCGCGUGCCACUUCAACUCACCGCCGUCAUGACUUUUCGAUCUGCUCGUCCUUGCUGUGAACCCGAGCUUACGCGACAGUGAAGGCACGUUCAGCUUUCUGCUGCGUGUGUACUUCAUCUGUGGCGUAUCACAAUCCUCUUGACACUGGCACCUUAGCACGUGGGCCACUUCUAGACCCACGCAAUGGAGACUUUCAGCAGACUUCCCUGGAGUAUGUCAGCGGCGCUACGCCGCUUUCACUGGCACGUGCUCCUCCUUGCAAUAGGCGUAUCCUUAUUGUGGCAGCAGGAGCAGCGGGGCGGCCGGACCGGCGGAGCGGCCGAGGCACAGAGCUGCGGGCCGCGCAUCUCGGCACGCUUCCUGCUCGACAUCCCGUGUGACAUGACGCGCAGCGCCUUCUGCAACGUCGCCGGCAGCUCCUAUCCGUGGCACGCGGUGCGCCGCUACAUCUUCGAAAACCAAGGCCUGGUGCGGCGCAUGUACGGCGACCAGCGACACAGCGUGAUUGUAGGCAGCGAGAUAGAGGCGCGCAGGAUGCGGUACGACGACGUGCGAUUCCACGAGCCGGAGAGCCCCGUGCCGGCGGUGCAUCGUACCCGGGGUCGGGCUGCUUACCGGGUGCGGCCCAACAGCCGCUACGCAAACCUACUAAAGACCUCGCCCUUGGCUGACGGCGAGAAGGCGCGCCCACCGCCGCCUCCUCCACCUCCGCCGCCACCGUCUCUGCGGCCGCCCGCACACGCCGAUGUGACCGCGGGUAUGGCGACCACCACAGCUGCCACGAGCCCAGCGACGACCGCGGACGCGACGGGUGACAGUCCGGUGACGACAGCACCGGCCCUUCUCGAUGGCGACUCAGAUGGCUACAGACCUGGCUGGCUGGGUGCUGCUAUAUUCAACGCUGCCAGGCUGUUACGCAAGCUUCCAAAUUGGAGCCCCACGCAAGUGGUGUUUCACGGUGAGCCAGUCGACGUGGAUGCGCCUCCGCGGAUUGCCACGGAGGCACCACACAACCGGGAACCUGGAGCUAUCCUGACGACACCGACAACGCCCACUCAUACCCUGGCAGCCGCCGUUACCACUAGGGAGCACGUGUCCACCGACACGUUGGCAACGACAACGACAGAGGCGGCCGACUUCGAGCCUUCGUACGCGGCGGGCGAGCCGUUCACACACGAACCGGAGCCGCUGCACGCAUACGCCACAAGCCAGGCAAGCACGGCGGCGUCUCAGCCUCUCUUCAGCCUGCUCGACAGCAACAGCAUCGAGGCGCCCGACAGGGACGACUCAUCGCACAACCACGGCCGGCCGGCGACGGCUGCAGCCUCCGUGAACCACCCGCACGAUGACGCCGAGGAGGACGUCUCCACCGAGCAGUCUCCUCCGGUCGAGCCUCUCAGAAGGGGCGUGAACGCGUGCCCCGUGAAGCAGGAAGUGCUUGCUCCUUACUGGGCCAACAACACGCGUGGAAAGGUGCUGGCACUCCUGAACGUCUACCCCUUCGAGCAGUAUGUACAUGCCGAGAAAUGCACGUUCGAAAAUCAGCAGAUGUUUUGCAGGGACGGCUGCCGGUGCGAGCAGCAGUUUCGGCUGCACCGGCUGCUGGCCUUCGACCCUCGCAACGAGUGUCGGGGCAUUUUCGCCGACUGGUUCCGCUUUCCGUCUUGCUGCGUUUGCAUCUGCUACGAUCUCGGUUCUCCGUCUUCCCGGUGGACGUCUUCCGGCCGUGGAGCCUGACAUAAUGCGACUCCGACCUCGUCUUCAGUGCCAAAGCUAAUUUAUGUGUGCGUCGCUCCAAAAGGCUCGUGUAAAAAAUAAA